AUGGGACAGAGGAUAGUUGAGCGACCUUGGGCUGUAGUGGCAGCGGACAUGAUGGAGUUUCCACCAAGCAAGACUGAUGGAAAGUCGGUUGCCACAGCAUUUGAAGAAUUGGUCCUCUUUCGCUGGGAAACCCCUGACAUUUCAUUAACAGACAAUGGGAAGGAGUUCGACAACAAGUUCCUGAAGGAAACGCUUCAGGAAUAUGGUGUCAAACACAUCACCACACCACCCUACCACUUGCAAGCUAAUCCUGUGGAGAGGAGUAAGCGCACAUUGAAGACCAUGAUUGCGACUUUCAUAGGGAAUGAUCAUCGCGACUGCGAUCUUCAUGUUCACGAGUUUCGCCAUGCUAUGAACACUGCGACACAGGUGGCGACUAAAACGUCUCCCGCAUUUUUAAAUUACGGAAGACAUCCUGGACCGGUUAAAAGUUUGCGACGGGAGGUAGAACAACGAGAUCAGGUUAAGAGAAUUGCGCCAGUAGAUUGGGUAGACAGGGUAAAGAGGUUGGAUGCGUUGCGAGACUUGGUAGCGAAAUUUAUCGACAAAGAACGUGAUUGA